AACCAUGUGAUUCAUAUUUUAUGAUGUCAGUUAUUUUAGAUGAUUUGGCUAUUUUAGCAACAACCCGUUAAGUUGCAUAAGGGCGCUUAUGUUUGUAAAUGUCGAUCUUUUUAAUACGCUAAAACGGUGAGCAAUAUUUUCAGUGAUAAUAAUAAAGUCAUUCUAACAGCUAACCUGCGAAAGAGAACAUAAAUGAGACUUGCGUGCAUAAAUAAUUGUUUAUAUAAAUAAGUGUAAAAAUCUUCCAGUGAGCUUCUAGAUUUGCCAGCUUCUGCACGCACAGCAGGUUUUAGCAACCCGCGAUUAAGCGACUCGUGCAUCUUAACUGUAGAGUUUUCCGCAUUUAUUAAAAAGUGUUGCAUAUUUGUUCUAAACGAAACGGAUUAUACGCGACGUCUGAAUGGAGAAAUGCGCGGCGUUAUUAGUCGUAUGGAGGUUAAUGUACUCGUCAUAAAGUAAACGCGCCUAUUGUGUCAAAUGCAAUGCGAAACAAUGAUUUCUACAACGCGACGCGUCGUUAAAUGGCGCUACAUUACGAGUUUGAUGGAGUGCGGCUUUGUCCAUGCAAAUCCGCCGCCUCGCGUCCUCCAAUCAGAGCGUGGCGUCACGUAGCGUCUUCCAAUGGGAGAUGCGCGCUUGCAGGUGGCGGCGCGGUUAUCUGCGCGUCAUCGCCGCAGGAGUCCAUUGAGCGGAGGACGACGCUUCAGAUGCGGGCGAUCGCUGCACUCAAAGCGGGCGUGAGAUCUGCCGACGGCCGGCAUCCGGAUUCUGGGAUUCAUCGGGAAGCGCUCGCGAACUUUGGAACUCGCCGGUUGAAAGUUACAGUUCUGGUGGAUGAGUUGUCAAGUUGUGGGCGUUAAACUUUCUCGCACGAACUUUCUUGCUUCGCCCUGUGGUUCACUCGCACCAAUGAUAGCGGUCGGGCAGAUGGAUAGUAACCGGCAGAGUGCGUUCGUUCUGGGCAGCACUCCUCUGGCUGCGCUGCACAACAUGACCGAGAUGAAGACGUCUCUAUUCCCGUACGCCCUGCAGAACCCCGCGGGCUUCAAGGCUCCUUCCUUCUGCAACCUGAGCUCUCAGAUCCCGCUGGGAACGCCGCAUGGAAUAAGCGAUAUCUUGGGGAGACCCAUCACCGCCGCGGGACAGCUGCUCUCGGGCUUUCCCCGGAUCAACGGCUUGACAUCAGCCGGGAUGUACUUCAACCCCGCGGCGGUGUCUCGGUACCCCAAACCGCUGACGGAGUUGCCCGGGAGGGCGCCCAUAUUCUGGCCCGGAAUGAUGCAGGGUUCACCCUGGAGAGACCCGAGGGUUCCCUGUCCUGCCCAGGCACAUCUGAUGCUGGACAAUGAUGGAAAGAAGAAACACUCCAGACCAACUUUUUCCGGACAGCAGAUCUUCGCGCUGGAGAAGACCUUCGAACAGACCAAAUAUCUGGCCGGACCGGAGCGAGCUCGACUCGCCUAUUCUCUGGGAAUGACCGAGAGUCAAGUCAAGGUUUGGUUUCAGAACAGAAGAACCAAAUGGCGCAAGAGGCACGCGGCUGAGAUGGCCACGGCUAAAAAGAAACACGACUCAGAGACGGAGAAGAUGAAGGAGAGCUCGGAAAACGAGGAUGAUGAUGAAUACAACAAACCUCUGGACCCGAACUCCGACGACGAGAAAAUCACGAGACUGUUAAAAAAGCACAAGACGUGUAACCUGUCCCUCAUCAGCCCGUGCAGCAACAGCUCGGACACUUUGUGAUGAUGCUGAGCAAAAGACUCUUCAUCAUCUUCAUCAUCAUCCUCUGCUUCAGAUUCUUCUGGAGAACCGAGGCAGAAUUAA